GGAAGGCAGUACGCACGUUUUCCAUCAAGCGCCAACCGCGCGCACAUAAUUGCAAACACAUUUCUUCGAACCGAUCUUCCCCCGACCACGAAAGGUGUGAAAGAACUCAUCUCUUUACGCAACCUGCAUCAUUCGGCGCGCGCGGUUAUCGACCGGGUCUUCGUCUCGUCAAUAAUGAUGCAUCGAACCAAACAGUCAGCCAGCCAGCAGAUCAAUUUCCUCCAACUCCAACAACGUCAUGACGACGGCGAUGCUGACUGCUCUGGUAAGCCAUCAUCGCGUCGGUCAUCAGACAUACGAAUUCGACGCAGCAUGCAACCACGCUGAGCUACCACACUGACUGACUGCAGCAGUCAAUCAUAGCUCAACCGUCGUGCGGUCCGGUUCAGUCAUUGCGCGUGUUCGCGGGUUUACUUUCAGUUCAGAAAAGCUAAGCCAGACGCAACGGUAGAUUUCCAACGUUUUCCAUUCGAGUCGUACGCCAAGGUGGAUUUGUCAAGUGAUUUCACGCCAACCAAGCCGAGAAGUGUAGUGCGCGGACCCCUUUCGUGACCUUAGUGAAUUUAGGUGGCAUUAGUGGGAAAUCCCGCUGUGACAAGGGUCAGCUUUAAUUGCCCGACUCGGAAUAAAAAAGGGAAAAACAAAACCCACCGAGGAGAAAUCUACGCGCGAAUUUGUGUCACAGAGCCAAUACCAACCAUCUUCGGUGGAAUUGCUCUGAAUCAUUGUGCGAGAAAGUCCACGCGCGCUUUCAACCGUCUGCCGCCAAGUGGCCACCGUCCGUCAGUUAGUAGUGCAGGAGCCCGAGCAAAAAAAAAGUUCACCGCGCUCGUCUAGCAACCAGCCACCGUCCACAAGUCUGCAUCGGAAUGGAUCGAUUCUUACGGUUCUUCAUCAAAUUUCAUGGCUACGCCAUCGCACUGCUCAGCAUCUUGUUUGCCCUAGUGAGCGUGCUGUUCACUCGACUCAAUUACCAGUACCCGUUAGAGGAGUGGUACAAUUUCCGCUUCUCCGGGAUUCCGAUGCUGAUUUUGGGCGCCGCAUGGAUUAUGGCCAGCCUCGUUCUCGUAAUCGGGGUGUUUAAGGAAUGUCCCAAGCUGGUCUAUCCAUAUGGAGCUGUGUUUGUGGUGGAACUGGGCACACUGAUUCUACGGGACGUUUACCUAUUGGUGGCUGGCAAGGACUGGGAUGAAAUGGUAUUCAUCAACAUCAGUGUCGUGCUGCUGCUAUUCAUCAUCCCGUACAUUGCACUCAGCCUGCUCGCCCUGCUCAAGCUGAUCGAGGUGGAUCCAAUCAUGCCGAAAAGCCGCUCCGAUAACUUCGUGCGAUUUGACAACACUCAAACCAACACGGAAGCAUAGAGGAAAAUUAGGAGUUUAUGUGAGGAUUUCGGCGGCCGGUCGGCAAUCAUAAAUAAUGGAGUGGCAUCAAAAUCAAUAUAUGUACAUCAAUCGAAAAAAAAGGGGGCCAACAACUGCAAUCGUCGCCAUCAUCAAUCUUGACGAACAUAUGUAAUAAGGUACAACAACAACGGAGGGCGUCGUCUCUCAGCUCAGAAGCAUCCAGUGGAGCUGCAAGUCAGCCCAAAUCACCACCGAUCGGCCCCUAUUACGAGAGACCAUACCAUAAAUGUGCGCGAGCAUACUCGUUAAACAGCGUACGCUGAGCAGUAGUAGGCUUCGACUUUUUCACAAACUACCCCCGGGCCGGCCCUCGUCCAGUGUCUUACCCCUUCGCCAUUCGCACAAAAAAAUGAAAGAAAAACGCGCCCCGCCCCGCAGAGGGAAAGACACUCGAGCACAAUGCAGAGUUUAAGAUAUUUUAAUUGUUUAUUGUUAGGCUCUUUAUAACUGACGACACGGUGGUACCUUCAUACUGGUGUGGUAUGGUGUAACGAGUGCGUUUCUUUCGCACUUUCGACGUUUCUUCUUCGCUAUUUUUUCCUCGCGAAAAAAGCCCCGGGAGUCUUUUC